CUAAAAACAGUUGUAAUUAUUAAAAGCACGAAAUGACUUCGCCGUUUUUCAAAGCGAUUGCUAUUCACUGCGCGGUUUGAUUUCUCUUCUUGCCGAUAGAGGCUAACUCGACUCUAUAAAAUGGUCACAUGUAUGCAACAUAAACAUGACUGAAGAACUGUCUAGCGUGACAAUAGUAGUAUUUAUUGCAGCUGGAGUAUUAACAAUAUUAUUGCUUUUCAUUUUUGCAAAACGUCAAAUUAUGAGAUUUGCCUUACGAUCGCGUCGUGGUCCUCAUAUUCCUAUUGGACAUGAUGCAAUAAAGUCACUUAAGAAGGAAAUCGAGAGGCGAAUAGAAGUAAUACCAAGAAUUCAAUAUGAACCACAGCUCAUUAGCGAUCCAAGAUUUAUCGUUACACCUAAAGCACAAGUUCCACCGCAUUAUUAUAGACUGAAAGUAGUGGAUGAUGUCAAAACUUUGGAGGCUGAAAUCAGUAAAUAUGAUAAUUGUCUGAAAAGACAUCCAUCUGAAAAUUUGAGGGCAUAUCUGCUUUCUACAUUAGCUACUCCAUUGAAUGGAAAUGGACAAAGAUUGAUUCAUCAAUUUUGCGAUUUGUAUGAACAUGCCAGACAUGAUCCAACAGAAUUUGGGGAUGAGGAGUAUCAAGUAUAUACACGCUUGUUUCUUAAAUUAAUGGAUGCAGCUCGUUUAUUGAAAUCUUAUCCAAGUAGUAGAAAAUCUAGUCCAAGUCGGACACCCAUAAAAAAAAAUGUUGAAACAAAAAGGAAUAUAUUAGAACCCCGAAUGAAAUUGCCAGAAGACCAAACAUUAACAGGAACACGCCCCAAUACAUUGACAGUUAUGGCUCUGGACAAUAGUGAAACAUCUGUUUAGCAUUAUGAAAAUUGUCACAUACAACAUAUGUGACGACCUGACAACAUAUUUAUUCAUUACUGCCAGUAAAUGUCAUAUGACAAUGCAUUUACAAUUAUUGCAAAUGGAACUAUUAUUGUAAAAGUUGUUUGCUUCUGUCAUGUAUAAUAUAUAAUUAUACUUCAACCUCAGUCUUAACUGAUAAGUAUUUAGUCCAUACACUUUUGUAGUAUGGAUUGUG